AUGGACGCACCAUUUGAAUUGCAUAAAUGCAUGAAGUGCGCGCAACCACUGUUAUCAUCGCUCGAGGCGGGAAAACACGUUUUCACGCACAUGACUGUUUGCAAAUUCGGCUGUGAGGCGUGCGAUUUGACGAGCGAGUCGGAAUUGGACAUGAAUCAACACAUCAACACUCAUCAGCCACAAGCGAGGAUGACAUACAUGCUGCGUCUCUCGGACCUGGACAACGCGGAGCGCACGUCGAUCGAGUGUUUCCCGGAUAUGCAUGUCGAGUUGCAUCAAUUCUUCAACAAAUAUCUAGGACCCGAAAAUUUGAUUUUUGAGUCGUUGGAGCAGGUCUGGGUUGGUCAACGAUCCGGAAACGAUGAGGAUAGAAUCACCGACGAAGAAGCACAAGCUAUUCGAGAAGCUUGCACGCGUCUAAAUGCGACUUUGGCUAAAAAGGAAAGGCUGGAGAAGAUGAGGUACACGGAGCUCGGCGAGCGGCUGUUAAAAGCGGAAGAAUUACGCCAAGAGAUUGCAAUGGUGAAAGCAAGACGCCGAGUGAUCGAACGGAAC